AUGCAGGACUGGCGACCAAACUGUAUCUCAAAGACGGAUCUAUACCGACUAUCCGGGUCACAACUGAACACCAGGGGAAUGCUGCCAUUUCAUGACACGCAAACACUGAAGCAGUGGCUGCUGAGUUUACAAAUGGACAUGGAAAUGCCGGUGGAGACCCUGAGGGAGAAGGACUACCGCGUUUGCAGUGCCCACUUUGACGCCGAUGACUUUACCCAGGAAAGAAGAUUUCAUGACCAGACACAGCGCAUGCGUUUGAAGAGAAACGCGAUUCCAAAAGCGGCCAAAUCUUUGGAGGUGUCUCCUGGCAAGGGAAAUGCACCUACUCCAGUCUCAGCACGUUCUGAGGUGGAAAAGAGCUCGUGGCCUCAAGCACUCAAGAGCCUUCAGACUCCUCAAGGAUCUGACAUUUUUAGGAGCAGUGAGGUAAUGGUGAGCACACAGUGUUUGCUGGAGCUCUUCCAGUUCUGCUGGCUUUGUCACAAAGAGUGCUGUAUUAUUACCAUUGAGGGCAAGGAGAAGCUGUUUACAGUCACACAGGACUGCCAGAGUUGUAGCUACCACAGAGAUUGGAGGAGUCACCCGCUGUCAGCUGAACCUACACAGGCCUUUCGUGAUGAGGAAGAACAUGCAGUGAAGCAUGAAGAUGAUGAUGAUGAGAUUGUGGUUCAGAUUGUGUCAUCAGAGAACGAGUGCCGUGAGCAGGUGUUUAUCGAAAAGGAUGGGUCCUGUUUAUCUAGUGAUGAUGAAGCAAGCCUGCAGGAAAAGAAAAGAAAGAGGAAGUCUGAUAGUUCAGAUGAAUGGGAGCCAUGUUUAGAUGAAGAGGCCACAGACUCUGAUGUGUCCAUGGAUGAAGACCUGUUCACAGCUUUAAAGGAGGAUGGUCAGGGUAAACUUGUGAUGUGGUGUACACAGUGUGCGACUGAGGCCUCGCUCUCCUGUUCUGUCCUUCGUCACAAAAAAGUGUUCUGCUGUGCUCAGUGCAGUAUAGGUGACGGUGUUCAAACACAUAAUUGUGAAACCCUACCUGUUCAGUUUGAUGAUGUUGCCAGUUUUCAGAUGCAUGUUGAAAAGGAGCACGGAGCCAAACCUUUCAAUAUGCUGUGUCAAGAUUGCGGCGAGUUUGUUAGAGCAGAUCCUGAAUCCAGAGAUUUCAAAGAACAUGAAUGUGAACACAAGUCUAAAUUAAUCAUCUGUUCAGACUGCGGGAAAAGGUUCCUCACUGAAGUUGGCUUAAAGACACACUACAGUCAGCUCCAUUCAGAUUAUGAUCAUCCGUGUAAAUACUGUCUGAAGGUCUUCAAAACCAAGUCUGCAAAACUGGAACAUGAGCAGACUCAUCCUAAAGAAAAUCAGCCAUACAGCUGUCCAGAUUGUCCGCAGAAGUUUAGCAAGAUUCACAAACGCAAUAAACAUGUCAAGUCCCACCGAGGUCCACAUAAAUAUGUUUGUGAUGUCUGUAAGAAAGGCUUUAAGGACAUCAUCAAAUUAAAACGUCAUAAGCUCGUCCACUCUGGAGAAAAGCCUUUCAAAUGCCAAGUGUGUGACCGUUCCUUUAACCAAAUGGAAAACCUCACUUCCCACAUGCGUGUCCACACUGGAGAGAAACCUUUCUUGUGUGAGCGAUGCGGAGAGUCAUUCAGUCACAACGUCAGCCUGAAGAACCACAAGCAACGACACCAUGACUCGAGUUUGACUCAGGGGAAAGAAGUGCUAUAGUGUGGAGAAUAAGGUGGCUUAUUACUGUGAUGGGGGUUCCAUAGUCAAGCUUUUGUAAGGACCUCUAAAAUAAGGUCAUUGAUACUGUUCAUUGGGAUAUCAGCCAUUUUUUUUUGUAUUGCAUUGUAGUGCCUGGUUGACUCCAUUUACCGUGAUGCCUUGUGGCGUCUUCAGUUUUCAAUGUUUAAAUGUUCUGAUCUGUAUUGUCCAAUCCCAUGUAUUGUUGAUGUAUGUUUUUUUGAAAUUCCGUGAUACCCAAUGGUAGAGCGAUAAAUAUCUGUUUUCCCGCGAACUAGGCGGUACUCGAACAUUCCAGGGCGGGAACAUUCGAUCACCUCGAGAGAGAGAGGCGAGCUGAGCCGUUUGGACAGUGGAGAGAGACUGGCGCGUUUUGUGGUCUGUGUUUUUUUUUGUUUUUUUAUUGAGUCGUGGAGGGACUGUUUAUAACGGACAUCGAGAACAAACGGGACAGAAGGGACCUUGCGUCGGAGUGUGCGCGGUGUGGUUGGUGGUCGGCUCGCAACGUGGACUGUUGUUCGUCGGAGCUAGCUCUUAGCCAACCCACCCCCCUUCUCGUGUGGCCAUCUGCUGCUGGGCCCCAUCGGGGAACCCCCCCCCCCCCUCUCCUCGCCACCUGCUUGCUGUGGAGGACUCGGUGCGGGACCGAGUGGCUGUUCGGCGAGCAACUGCUGAUGCUGGUUCGUGAUUACACUUACACUGACAUACACACACAUGCGCGCCCGUGCGCGUUAACGUUUGGCUCUGGUUUGGACCUGUGGUUCUUGCUGGGCAGCGCAGCGGUUGCUGUGUUGCCUGCGGCUCAGGGAGCUGCCAUCAAGUGCACCAUCGUAAGGGCCCCAACUGCGCGCUGUUUUGUUUUGUGUCUGUUUUCUGAUGUUUGGGGUUGAUCGGAAGGGUUUAUACGAGUGAUCAUUUGUUUUUAUAGUAAAUGUUUAUCACAACUACGGUUCUCUAAGUUGUAAACGUAGCCCACGUAAAUUAUAAACUUUGUGUCACUUUUUCUAGCUUGCUCUCUCUCUCUCUCUCUCCCCCUUUUUUUUUUUCUUAGUUGAGUUGUUUUAUUAUUCAAUAAAUUUUGUACUACUGUAUUUCAAUUCA